AUGGACGUGUUUCUUAUGAUCUGGUGUCACAAGACCACCAUCUUCACGGACGCCGAGGAAUCGAGCACCGUGUUGGAGCUGAAGCGCAUUGUCGAGGGCAUCCUCAAGCAGCCGCCCAACGAGCAGCGGCUGUACAAGGAUGACCCGCUCCUUGAUGAUGGGAAAACGCUGGGAGAGAGUGGCUUCACCAGGCAGACGGCGAGACCGCAGGCCCCAGCCACAGUGCGCCUGGCCUUCCGAGCAGAUGAUGCCUUCGAGGCCCUGCGCACUGAGCCCUUUUCCAGCCCCCCUGAGCUUCCAGAGGUGAUGAAACCUCAGGACUCAGGAGGCAGUGCCAAUGAGCAAGCUGUGCAGUGA